AAUGAUGGCACUUCCUGUUUCUUGAUAGUCAGCGGGUUGCGGAUCGAGUUGAAGAUAAGAUACUAAAAUUCUGAGCCUCUGGGCCGUGUCCUUGCAGCCUGGGAAUUAUGUCGCACAGAGGGAGUGAGCGGGACCUGCAGUCUUCUGCUCGAAGGAUGGGCACGUCUCUGCUUUCCCAACUGUCCAUGCAUGAAAGAGAGCUAGAUCUGGUCUUUUUGGAUCACAGCUAUGCCAAACCAUGGAGUGCCCACCCUGAUGCCAGCAAUGCACGGCCAACCCGCACCCUCUUCAUCACCCCUAGGAGACAGCAAGAAAGUGUGGUUGAAACUGAUGUCCCUAUUGAUGUUGAAUCUGUAACACCUGCCCCUAUGCCUCUUUAUGACAACCAGAAGGCAAGAAAUGUAAUGAAUGAGUGUGAGCGCCAUGUGAUUUUUGUGCGAACUGACACGGAAGCGCCGCCUCCUCCUGACGACUGGGAAGAACACCUCAACAGGUCAGGAUGGACUGCCGCUCAGAAUAAACUAUUUAACAAGAUUCUGAAAGCUCUGCAGUCUGACCGCCUAGCACGGCUUGCUAAUGAAGGGGCCAUUAAUGAACCAGUCCUACGUCGGAUUGCAGUGGAUAAAUGUGCACGGCGUGUGCGCCAAGCUCUGGCUUCUAUCAGCUGGGAUAUAAAGUUGGUGCAAUGGUUGCAUACCACACUAGUGGAGACCCUCAGCUUGCCACUCUUAGCUGCAUAUCUGGAUGCGCUGCAGACCCUGAAGGGAAAGAUCCCAUCUCUCAUUGACCGAAUGUUGCUUGCAUCCAAUCUGAAGGCAGGGGGUGCAGGAGCGGAAGCACUUUCUUUGCUGCUCAAGAGGCCAUGGGACCCAGCAGUAGGAGUCUUGUCUCAUAAUAGGCCGAGCAAGCUGCCCGGUUCUCCCCUUAUUCUCAUUGCUCCCUCAACACCAACCAGUUCUGUAUUCCCUACUUCAAGACGGCAGCGAUUCUGGCAGUCCCAGCUUUCAUGCUUAGCCAAGGUCAUUCCAGUUGGGGCUCAGCUUGUGAACAACAACAGCUCUGGUGUCACCACUGUGCAGUGUCUGGAACACAUGAUUGGUAGUCUGCGUGCAAAAGUCAUUGAGAUUCAUAAUCACUUUCCUCAUAAACCAGUCAUUCUUCUGGGAUGGAAUACUGGAGCACUCAUUGCAUGUCAUGUGUCCUUGAUGGAGUAUGUAACCGCAGUAGUGUGUCUGGGCUUUCCAUUGCUCACUGUGGAUGGCCCUCGUGGGGAUGUUGAUGACCCUCUUCUUGACAUGAAGACCCCAGUUCUUUUUGUAGUGGGCCAGAACUCCCUGCAGUGCCACCCUGAAGCAAUGGAAGACUUCAGAGAAAAACUGCGAGCUGAUAAUAGUCUAGUAAUAGUUGGUGGGGCUGAUGACAACCUAAGGAUAAGUAAAAUUAAGAAGAAAUUAGAGAGUCUGACGCAAAGUAUGGUGGACAGAUGCAUCCAGGACGAGAUUGCAGACUUUUUGACUGGAGUUCUUACUAGAUCGGAGGGUCACAGUGGCUCAGAUCCCCGUGACUUGGAUGCUGAGAAGAAAAGGAAACCACGGGAAUUCCUGCGCAGAGACCUUUCCUUGGAUUUAGCUGAAAGAAGCAGCAGGCCCACAUCACCAGCAGCACGAUUUCCUGCCUCUCCUUCUGGAUCUGAGGAUCUCUCCAGUGUGUCCAGCAGUCCAGCCUCAAGCCCUAAGACAAAAUUAACUACUACUCCCACAACUCAUAAACAAGGACAAUCCGGAUUGCCCCUGAAGACCCAAAUACAACGACCUGGAGCAACAAUCAACCCAAAGCAAACACAAGCUCAGUUUGCUAAUUUCCUAAAACAGAGCAUGUUGGUGAGAAAGUCUCUGCCCACGGGGUCCCCCUCUUGUGUCUUUGUCCCAGUCUCUGAAUCAUCUGACUCUGUUGAGAAAGAAGAUAGGGUUCAGCUAAAGCGACCCCCCAGCCCAGGAAGUUCCAGUGGAAUAAAACCCUCCAAACGAGCCAAGAUUAAAGUCACAAUCUUAUCUCAUGGGGAGGCAGCAGGGGGCAGCUCCCAGGAAGCCUUGAAGCCUAUGUCUGGAACAAUCAGUCAGUCCACGGUCAGCAGCAAGGAGCUUACCAGCCUCCUCACCACACCCAAAUUAGUGGCUGAAACUGGAACAUCUGGUGGUAUUCCUUCUGCCCUGAUCCCCAGCACUUCUACCCCCAGCGCGUUUCACACAAUCCAGAGCCGCUUAGUACCCAGUAUUGGCUCAAGCUUGCAAAGUCAGGCGGCUAAUACUCAUCCAGGUACAGGUCCUGUGACUUCAGCCAGCAGCCUCCUUCAGGGGUUAAGCUUCAGCCUCCAGGACAUAGGGAGUAAAUCUCCAGCCCUCCCGAGCACUCCAGCUCCCUCUGGAAACAACACACAGACUUUGGCAGUUAAAGCUCCAGCCCCACUUCAGGGCUUGGCCACCAUGACUACAGGAACGGGAACAAUUCUUCGUACCAUCCCUGUGGUGACAGCCUCUUCCUCACUUAUGGCAUCAGCUAGUGGAAAACCUACUGCUAUCCAUCAGCUCCUCACCAACGGGGGCUUAGCAAAGCUGGCCAGCAGUCUACCAGGUCUGGCUCAGUUGUCUAGUCCAGCAGCAGGGUUAAAGGCACCAACCACCAUUACUGUCACCCUAAGGGGCCAGCCAAGCCGCAUUACUACAUUCAGCCAGGCUGGCAUUGCAGGCAUCCAUUCCAAACAAGAUGAUGCCACCCAGCAGGUCUCUGACUCUUCCUCCAGUGGCUCUGUGUCUGCUAGCAAACUGCUGCCCCAAGUUAUGCCGGAGCAAAUCAAGGCCCCCGUGGGGUCUCCCUUAGAAAAAUCCUUGCCCUUAGCCAGGGCAGUGACCCCUCCGGCAGUAACAACCAGUCCUCCCAAGACUCUCUAUGUGAUGUCGGACGCCAAGCUUUCUGCUCUUACCAAGUCCGUGGGCAGCGAUCUGGCCUCUCUCCCGCUGAAGUCAAUGACUCUGCAAGCUACUUCAGGGGUAACUGCCGGUGCAGUGACUUUUACCACUCCAUCACUUGCCAACUCUCCCAGUCCAGCCUGCACUGUGGUUCUGUCCAAAAUAGGCCCAGUUCUUCAGGCUCCCCCAAAGACUGUGAUCUUGGCAAAGGCAGAAACAGCAGAUAAGAUCCCAGGAAACCAUAUUAUGAACGCAGUGGAGAGUCUGGGCCGCGUACCGUCCGUGGUUGACGAUGGAAGCACCAUUAUUCACAGCCGGGAAUCCCUAAUCAGCAGACCCCUUCUUCAGCCCACCUUAAUAGCAUUGUCUGGUACCAGCAGUAUUGUUCAAAGCUCCGGGACGCUGGCCAAUCAGAAGCAACAGUGACACUGGAAUUUCUGCCUUCGCUCACAGCUUAGCCAUCUCAAAAGCUCCUCUAAACCACAAAAAUAGAAUUAGCGCAACAUAAUAUUUAAUCUACUAUAUUGAACAGAAUGUCUGUAGUGACAAGGCGUUUUGCUUUAUCGUAGUUAUUGGAGUUAACCCCAUGCCAUGAGAAUUAAAUUCAUUAGUCAAAUAUGUAAAUAGGAUUGCUAAACCUAUAAAAGAAAUUGUAGUUCUAAGAGCUGUAAAUAGGUCACAAAAUGUAAAUAUAAACUGUAAGAUGAAUACAUUGUACAGUCUUGUAGGGCGGCAAGUGACAAAACAAUUCUCAUACUAUAACAGAGCAUUUCCGUGUGGCUUGAGCAAUAAGGUUUCAUGUUAAUUAUGUCUGUUCUGGCACUGAAUGGUGUUAAUAAACAACUCUGCCUU